CGCUCAAUAUCAAACGCUAGGCAACACUGGCAUAUACGUAAACAGCUGUUUUUUGUUGAUUGUUUUUAGAAAAUAUUCUACGUAAAUUAAGUUUUAUUUCAACUUUUAAGCAAAGAAAACACGACAUGGGAACUUGGGUGCUGGAGGUCGCCAAAAUGGGCAUGUAUAUGGCCUUUCCGGUGACGCUGUUCCAUCUAUUCAACCAACCGGAAUAUUUUGAAGAAUGGGUAACCAAGAAGAAGCGGGAACUCUAUCCCCCGGAAAGCAAGAGCCAUCACGAAGAGCUACAACGGGCCAUAAGGGAGCACCACGCCCAGCACGACGCCAAAAUGAUGAGGGCCAUGGAGGAAGCAGAGGGAAAGAAGAAGUAGAUGAUUCAUUACCACUACUCCAGAUAAUCCCACGUUAUAUAACCGGGGGCAAGCAAACAACCGAUGCUCCGGAUGGAUGUGACUAACUGUUCUGUAACAACGUAAUAAAGACUUGUAUUUAACCGAA